CCGUGAUAAUCACUUAAUCACAACAACAACAACAAUAACAACAUGGGUUUUCAUUAUUUCAUCAAAAAGUGAUGUUAGAAUGCAGUUUCAGGAAAACAGAUGUUAAAACGUUUUUAAGCAGAUGAAACAACAGAGACAUUAUGAUUAGAAGGCUUUGCUCCUUUUGCUCGUCUGUCCGAGGGAAGAUCAAAUCUGGAGUGCUUACAAGGCAGCAAGGAGCAAAAUACAGUACAUCUACAAAAUCUGGAAAUAAUGAAAGCCAGGGUAUUAAAACUAUGGAAACUUCCAGUAUCAAUUAUCUGCAAUUAGUAAUGACUGAGGAUGGUGAGAAAUUUUUGGCUGAACUAGAUGCGGAGAAGUUACAAAAGAAAGCAGAAUUGGAAAUGAAGUUAGAAAUGUGGAGGGCUGAAGGACAGUUAUAUAUACCUAAUCAACUUCAUGCUUGUGAUUGGAAAGUUCUUCUUUCAUCCAUGAGCAAUUCAACUUUACAAGAAAAACUGCGAUACUUGAAAAUUGUCUAUGUAAGAGAUGAGAAAAGACAGUUGAAAGAAGAAGCUGCACAGUUUCAUUUGUACAGUGCACGUCAGCCAUACGAUGAUGAGGAUCUUAAUAUUAUACUAAGAACCUUUGAGAUGAGAAAAUAUUUAAAUCAGUGGAACGGAAUACGGUCUUUAUUUUAUGGAAGGCCUGUUAUUAUAGACAUGGAUUAUGAUACUGCGAACCAGCAUGAAAUUUUCCAAACAGCUCAGCAAGUUGAACAGAUAUACAAGUUUAAUUGUGAACAUUUUGAACCUUGUCAUCUACACUUCACUAGCGCACAUAAAAAUAGAUUUUUGGCAAAAAUGUUAAGUAUGAAAAGAAAUUUUUUGGCUGAAUUUUACACUGAAGAUUUUCUACAAAUUUUUCCGCGGGAACGUCUGUUCUACUUAGUUCCAGAGGGACCGAUGAUUCUUAAAGAAAAACUUGACGAGGAUGUGAUUUUUGUGUUUGGAGGAAUAGGUGGAACAAGGGAACGCAAGAGGUCCUUUGCAAAAGCAGAGUCACUUGGCAUUCCGUAUGGUUCACUGCCUAUUGAGAAGUUUGUCAGCCGCAAAGUGAGGAGCACUAACGACCUGUACCUUCAUGUUGUAAUGCAGAUAAUGCUUGACAAGUUUUCUGGAGUUUCAUGGAAAACAGCCUUAGACAGACAUCUUCCUGAUCAGAAAUUUGAGAAAUAUCCAGGACCACCUCCUCCUAAAUCAGGGCGCAGAUCUCAGAAACAGUUUCAAAUGUUAGAGAAAACUCUAAAACUUGGUAAAAGAAGAUAAUAAAAAAUAUUCAAAUCGUU